UACAGCAGAAAGAUUACAUCUGAACAGAGUUGCGCUUCCAUGUGGCUCAGAUUUCUGCUUUGCAAUCAUUCUCACAGCCUCCUGUCCCUUCCUUGAAUCUCUUGCCGACAGCUGUAAAUCACAAAGACUAUACUCAUGUUGUAUUUCCCACCUCCUAGACAAGACACUGGUGACAUGCCCUGUAACACAUAUUCCUAUCCAUGCACAUUGUCCUUCCACUUCCUUUAAAAUGUUGGCAGUGCAUCCAUCACCAGCAGCAGCCACCAACUUUUGCAGCAAAAGAAACCUCAUUACCCUUAAGCCCUGAAUAUAUAAAUGCUUGUGAUUGGGAACCAAGGCAUAUCAAUCAUUGCAGCAUGUCACAGUGCUCUAGUGGCUACAGUGUUCCUAACAGUUGUGAACAUUCUAAUUUGGCAGUCUACGACGCUGAUGAAGAUGGAUGCAUGAUGUGGUCACAGGAUGUUAGUGGAAGUGGUCCAGAAGUACCAGGUCAUUUGUGCUUGAACUGAGGCAAAGACUUUGCAGAAGAGAGGAAGAGGGAUAUACCAGCAGUGUAUGAAAAUUAUUAUAAAAUGUUUCGACCUAAUUUUUUACUUGUGUAUACAUGUAGUCUCCAUGCUUCUUAGAACAUUUGUACAACAGUCCACAAGCUUUCUGAUGCUGUUAGAAAAAUAGAACUCUUUGGACCAAGUGUAAAGUGAGUCAUGCAAUGCUUCCUCAUCAUCUACAAAUUGAUGACCUCUGUGAGUCCCCUUAGAGUACCAAAUGGAAAGAAAUCUGAAGAUUUAAGGUCUGGACUAUAUGCUGGAUGGUCAGUUCAAAUCUCAGCUCCUGAAGGAUUUUCCUAGUUUGGGAAACAGAAUGAUUAGGAGCAGUAUCAUGAAAACAGCACAUUGGAGUAAUCUGCCUUGUCUAUUUGGGGUGGAUGGCUGGCCUCAAUUGACUUCGUAAAAUGUCAGAAUAUGUUGCGUCUGUCAGUGUAAUGCCACAUUCCCGGUAAUGUUGGAUAGGACUUUGAGAGGUCCAGAACAUUGUCAGUAGUAACUUCCCAGCUGAUGGCUGAGUCAGGAAUUAUUUGGCAGUAGGAGAGGACAAGUAUGUGCGCAUGUGUGAUUUGUGGUUCUUGAUGGUAUAUGGAAGUAUCAUUAUCAGUGAUGUGAUAAAAAAAGAAUUGUUGCCUUCAUCAUGGUACCACUCCAGCAGACAAGAACUCAUGCCCAUGUGCUCUUUUGUCUAUUCCCUCAGAACCCACCCUGCACAGACUUUGUGGAAACCAAGAAUAUUUUGCACUGAUAAAUGAGCUGAACUCUUACUGAUGUCUGGUGCUGAUGCACUGUCCUGUACUGAUAUUCGUCCAUCCUUGAGGAUCAUGGCUCUGGCUUGUUCCUGUGUGUUUGUAUUCACUUACUGCUGUGGUGUGGUACUACAAGCAUGCUCAAUUGGUUUCUCUUGUCAUGCCUCAUGCAAACAGGUCUGUCCACUGAAACACACUCUGUUCUCAUAUUGGGCUCUUAAACGUUUGUGAAUUUCAACCCCUUUAACAUCUUUUGCCCCCC